AUGGAAGAAGAAACGGAGGGUACACCGGUAGAAGAUGACACGAACCAUGUUCUGUCCAUCGGCUCAACAUCUCGUGAUCUGCAGACGGCGUAUCUCAUCAUCAGCCUGGUGUUGUCGGUAGGAUGCGGCCUGCUGCUCAUCUUCCUGGUUUGGAAGAAAGAGUAUCUCCACAAACCCAGCCACUACCUGCGGUGUAACCUGGCGGUAGACGACAUCAUCUUCACCGGCUGCCUGAUCCCCGUCUGUAUCCACGCAGUUCUCCGGCAAGACGACACCGGGGGACAGCUGUGGUGUACGACUAAAGCACUGGUAGCGCCCGCAUGUAUGAUGUCUAUGUACGGUACAUACAUCAUGAUGGCAGUAGACCUGUACUACUUCGUGUGUGAUCCCCUACACUACCAUGACAAAGUCACCACAAGACGUGUGGUCGUUGGCAUCUUGGCGUUUAGAGCCUUCUCCUUCCUCGGACUUACGCCUGUGGCCUUUGGCGGACGCCAAGUCCCCACGUACAGCCUGCAUUGUGAGAUGGCCACAGUUCCUGGGAACAGUACUACCUUACCUGACAUUUUCAUCGGCAUGACCGUACUGGUCCUAUUACUUGCUGUUCUCUUCAUCACAAUGAUCUACUACCUUGUCUUCAAGGAAGCCAGGCGACAACAGGAAAGAGACGAGAACCGUGACCUGUGGGUGUUCCAGACCAAGGCGUUCAAAGUGAUGCUGCCGCAUGCCAUCGUGUUGGCUGCAGCUCUAACCACUGCCCUUUUCCAUGCAGCCAUGGUACGUAUGCGAGCUCUGAUCAGCGAAGAGCAGAUGUCCCAACGUGCCCUGAUCAUCGCUGACCGCACGGCCAUCCUCCUGUUCCUGACGCUAUCAUCCCUAGCCAACCCGUUCAUCUACAGCUUCCGGCUGCCAGAGUUCCGCCGAGCGUGCAGGGAGCUGUGCGGAUGGCGGACCAACCCUAACCCGCCGGUGGUACCGGCGCGACGGUAUCGGCAGGACGACGCGGAGAUGGCCGCCGUCACCGGUCCCGGGCGGCGCGGUGCACCGGCCUCGGAACUGGCGUCAGCUCCAGCGGGUCCGAUCAUGCAGCCCACGGCGGAGGACCCGCCUGCAGACCCGGCAGAAAAGCAGACAACACAGGCAGACACGACCCCCGGACCAGCCUCCCGUGCAGAACACCAGACCGCCUCAGGGACAGGGCGACCGUUCCGGCUAACAGUGAUGGCGGAGGUGCACGCCGAGCCAACACCACGUCCUGAAGACAACAUGACGGUAACACUUCCCGGACAACUAUACACGGAUGCCGAAGCAGAAGACGUCCCCACACUUACACUGGACACCGAGAACAACCAGGCAACAACAGGACACACUUCGGACCGCCCGCCUGUGCGUACAAAGUUAGCAUGGGAGGGCUAGGUACAAGCCAUUGCAACAAAGGCCAAUCCUGAAGAAGAGACACCCCGAAAUAAGGACUUGCUGUCUGAAACAGUUCAACGUGCGCCCAAACAAGACGUGUGGAAUAUUAGAUUUGGACAAUUCAGGAACAGAAUUAC